UUCCUUCUGCCACGUUGGUAUGCAGACUGACGUGUAAAUACAGAAGUUUGGGUAUUAUACGUGUUCACAUAGACGUUGUAAUCAUAUUAUGCCAGAGAUAAAUAAUUAAGCUCACACAAAAUUUUGGCACAGUGACUAAAACACAACAGUAACAGAAAUGAAAGUAAAGGAAAUUGAGAGGACGGCCAAUGUGGCUUGGUCCCCUGCAAAACAACAUCCAAUUUAUAUGGUAGCAGGGACAGCAGCUCAACAGCUUGAUGCUACAUUCAGCACAUCAGCUGCUCUUGAAGUAUAUCAUCUAAAUCUUACUGACCCUUCCCUCGACAUGCCUUUGGUAUCGUCAAUACCAUCUGACUGCAGGUUCCACAAAGUUGUAUGGGGUCCCCAUGGAAUGUCAGAUUCUAGCCACUCAGCCGGGGUGGUGGUGGCAGGGGCAGACAAUGGAAGUGUUUACUAUUAUGAUGCUGCUGGAUUGAUUGAAGGAGAUGAAGAUUGUCUUAUGUUUAAAAACAAUAAGCAUGUUGGGGCUGUCAAGGCACUAGAUUUUAAUCCAUUUCAGACAAAUUUACUAGCAUCAGGAGCAUCAGACUCAGAAAUUUAUAUUUGGGAUUUAAAUAAACCAGAAAACCCAAUGACACCUGGGGCAAAAUCACAGCCACCCGAAGAAGUAGCCUGUGUGUCCUGGAACAAACAAGUUCAACACAUCCUGGGCUCAACAUUUGCUGCUAGAUGUGUUGUCUGGGAUCUCAGAAAGAAUGAACCAAUCAUUAAGAUCAGUGAUAGUAUGUCAAGGAUCAAGUCUAAGAUUGUAAGCUGGCACCCUGACGUAGCCACACAGCUGUGUCUGUCCUCUGAGGAUGACCACACCCCUGUCAUACAACUGUGGGAUCUACGCUAUGCCACUUCCCCGGUCAAACAAUUAGAAAACCAUACCAGAGGUGUGUUGGAUAUUGCCUGGUGUCCACAGGACUCUGAUUUGCUGUUAAGUUGUGGAAAAGACAACAGAAUUCUAUGCUGGAACCCUAACAGUAAUGUUCAAGGAGGAGAGGUUGUGUAUGAACUACCAACGAGUAAUCAGUGGUGUUUUGAUGUAAAAUGGUGUCCUCGAAAUCCAGCUGUGAUUUCUAGCUCUUCUUUUGAUGGGCAUGUUACAGUGUAUUCCCUAAUGGGUGGUGGACAUCCAAUUCAUCAGAGUAAUAAGGUUGCAGAGGCUUUCAAUUCUAAUGACCCAUUUGCACAGGCCACUCCUGUUACUGAAAAUACACAAAAUGUGAUGCCACUUCAAAAACCACCCAAGUGGUUAAAAAAGCCUGUUGGAGUCAACUUUGGGUUUGGUGGUCGCCUUGUAAGCUUUGAGAACACAAAGUCCCAGAAUCCACAACAGCCCACCCCUAAAGUGGUGUACAUUAGCCAGGUGGUGACAGAGACGGACCUUCUACAGAGGUCCCAUCAGCUGGAGCAGGCUCUGGAAAACGGCCAGUAUGUCGAAUAUUGUGCCAUGAAAUCGGCAAACUGUACAGAUCCUCUACAGGAAAAUAUAUGGAACUUUUUACGAGUCAACUUCGAAAAGGAACCUAGAGAGCAUUUUAUUCAGCUUUUGGGUUUUGACAAAACUGAUCUGGCUAAAAAGGUUUCUGAGCACGUGGGUCUCGGACAGGAUGCUGGAGUAGAUGCCAAGGUUCUGGCACAGAAAAUGGCACAACUUAGUCCAGAGGAUAAGCAACAAGCAGGACUAAGAGCCUCAGCAGAAGGCUCUCCAGUGGUUGGAUCUAAGACACCAGUUAGCCAGGAUGAAGCUUCAUCUGCUUUUGAUAAUAUUGGUUUAUCACAAAGUACUAAAUCAUUAGACAAAGAAUCCUUGAAACCACUGGUGAUACCUACUGAUCAAGAUGCUGAUGGGCUUUUGAGUCAGGCCUUGCUUACUGGGAACUUUGAAGCUGCAGUAGAAAUCUGUAUGAUUGAAAACAAAAUGGCUGAGGCUAUUAUCCUGGCUAUAGCAGGAGGACCAGAUCUCCUGAGUAGAACACAGAAAAGAUUCUUUCAGAAGAGCAAAUGCAGCAUAGGAAGGCUGAUAUCCUCAGUGGUCACCCAUGACUGGUCACAUAUUGUGGAGACAUGUGACCUCUCCAACUGGAAAGAGGCUUUGGCCUUAAUCUUAACCUAUGCCUCCCCAGAUGAAUUCCCCACUCUCUGUGACACGCUGGCUGAGAGACUGGAGACAGAGAGUGCUGGGGACCUCAGUGUAUAUGCCAGUCUAUGUUACAUCUGUUCAGGAAAUAUUGAAAACCUUCUCAGAAAUUGGUUUGACAACUCAGAAGGUCACAAUACCCCUCUAGGAUUACAGGACAUGGUAGAGAAGGUGAUGUUACUUAGAAAGGCUGUAGAAUUGUCUCGGGGACAAGUAACAGACAUCAGUGGAGGGUUGCUGGCAGAGAAGAUGAAUGAAUAUGCCAGCCUCCUGGCUGCUCAGGGAAGCUUGGACACAGCCGUCAGAUACCUUGGAAAUUCUACAGAAGCAAAUCUGCUCAUUUUGAAAGACAGACUGUACAACUCAUUAGGUGCUCAGGGAAUGCAGUGCCCAUUCCGAAAGAUCAAUGUCUUACCAGCUGGUGCUAAGCAGCCCCAGCAGCCUCAGCAACGCAGCACUCAGGCCCAAAGACAGGCUGGUCAAAUAGGGACACGUCAGGCACAGGCCAAGGGCUCGUUUGGCACUGUGACCACACCCAGUAGUUCUUACAGCAAUCCUGGGACUUAUACCACACCAUACUCCCAGAUGAACGGGACAAAUUCACAACCAUCUUACUAUAAUCCCGCUGCUAAUGUUACUGCAACACCCCCAAUGAGCAGUGCAGGAGUCAUGGGGAAAGGGCCAUUAUCACACAAGUACCCCUCGUAUCCAGCCACAACAUCAGCAUAUGGGAUGGAUUCGUACUCACCGGCAGGUUUAUAUCAGCCAAGCAAUCAGCCUUAUAAUCCAGUUCAAACAUUUGAUCCAUCACAAUAUAGUGGAAUGGGAGCUUCUAACCAGCCAGCAAGCCAGCCAACAAAUAUAUACCAACCUCCCUCCAAUCCAGGAGGCUCUGCAUCAUCCGUAUCUCCACCUACGAGUGAUUACCCAAAUGUUCAGUCAUUCAUGCACAGCCCACCCUCUUCAGCUUGGAAUGAUCCCCCAAUAGUGAAAGAUAAGAAGCCAAAGAAUCCUCCAGCACAGUACGAUGGUUCGGCCAUGACGAGUCCGUUUUAUGGUCAGUCUGUGCCAGCAGAUGUUGGUCAGCCAGGAGGAGUUACAAACUACAAUCUGUACAAUCCACAGGAGCAUCAGGCCGAGAUACAGCCCGCCCAACCUCGGCGUUCAUUCCAAAACACCCUUGCUACUCCCGCCACUCAACAGAAGGCUGCAGCCUCUGUUCCGCCCCCAGAACCCCCCAAGCCAGUGGAGAAGGGACCAAUUCCAUCUGAACACAAAGUUUUACAGGAUAUAUUCACCAGUCUGGUACUCAAUUGCUCCAGCGUGGCAUCUAAUGCUCAAAUGAAAAGAAAGUUAGACGACGUUUCUAGAAAACUAGAAGUUUUGUAUGACAGAUUAAGAGAAAACAGACUCUCCCAGUCUGUGGUUCUAGGCCUGCAUCAGAUCGUCCAGGCUGUUCAGCAAUACGAUUACAACACAGCUCUCCAGAUCUACACUCAGAUGAUCAGCCAAGCCAACUUCUCAGAAAUCAGUAGCUUUAUGCCAGGACUCAAAGUUUUAAUACAGUCAGCAAUGCAAUUGAAUGUUUAUGUGCAAGCUCAUUAGUCUAUGUAAACAUGUAGGUAGGAUUUUACAGUAUUUAUAUUGUGAGCAACAUAGCUGCCAAAUUUUAGAAAGGUGUAUGGAAAUGUUGAGAAAACUUCAUGUGAUAAUAAUGAUAAAUUUGAUGUUCUUGUUGAAUGUCAGAGAAAUUGAUUGUGGAGAUUAAAGCUGUUAUAAAAUUGACAUUGAUAAAAAUGAGAAUUCCUCAUUUUAAUAAUACAGAUAUAUAUUUUUCUGUUGUUUUGAGACUUACUUGAAUUGUGAAACAAGUAUUUAUUAUGAGGGUGAAAGUAAAGCAAUUUAUGAUGACUGAAGAGAGUGUAUCUUGCUUUGACCAUGAACAAGUUUGUAUGACAUCUUUUAUUACAUUAUAAUACAAGUCGUAUUGGCAGCCACGAUUUGAUUGAUUUUUCUUUUAUGUGGUUUUUCUCUGUUAGGGCUUCACAUUUUUGUUUCUGACAUAGCGAGUGGAGAGUUUUUCUAGUCAUUCUGAUAAAACCUUACAUAAAUGGUUGACAUAAUUUUCCGUUAAUUGUACAACACUGAGAUUACUGUACUGUUGUCUAUGCACCAGUCAUUGGAAUAAAAUGCUAAUAUCAGUCAUCAUCAAAUUUACCAGAAAAGAUCAACCAUUGAGUGUAAGGUUAUGUAUUGAUAGCAUUAUUGACAAAGUUUGUUCCAAAUUUACUGUCAACUUGGCGUAAUGGUUGUUAAAACUUUCAUGUUUGGUCCAUUAUAUAAAUUAUCAAUCAUAAUGUUGACUCUAAAUUAAGCAGAAUCUUGGUUAUUUAAUCCAUACAUGUAACUGUAUUUGUGAUUGGCUGCUGCAUACUAUGAAUAAAAUGUUAAAUGUC